ACACAUGUAAUAUUUGCAGAUUGAGGCCUCUUCAAUUCAACUAUCUCGAUUCAAUCCCCAAACAAACAGCUUGGGUUGGACUUUGGUCCUUUCUCUUCCUGGGUUCGCAUUAGUCCUACACUACAACAACAAUGGUGAUCAAAGAACGAAGCUUUUGGACAUGGCUCACUGCUUCCCUCAUUUUCAGGCUAAUUCUCAUAUAUUUCCCCAACAAUCUCAACCUCGCUUCCCGUCCCGAAGUCUCUACCCCAAUCACCAGCCUCCGUCGCCUGGCUGAGGGUUACUGGCUCAAGCAAUCAUCAUUGUCUCCUUAUGCAGGAUCCAUGUACCACGGUUCUCCUUUGCUACUCGCUCUUCUUGGGCCACUCACAGUGAAAAGAAAUGAAGGACAACCCAAUCAUUUUUUAUGCGGUUUAGUAUUGGUGAUUGCAGAUGUUGUGAAUGCAAUGCUUAUUCGAGCUAUUGGUCAGAUUCUUCAGACUUCAUAUAAUCAGCAUUUGAAAUCACUAGGCCUUGAUGCAAUAUCCAAAAGUUCUGAGAUCCUUCCUUCUCGAGGUAUUGCUGCUCUUGUCUACUUAUGGAAUCCUUUUACAAUAGUAGCAUGUGUGGGUUUGUCGACAUCCCCAAUUGAAAAUAUGGCCGUCCUACUGGCUCUUUAUGGGGCAUGUACAUGUAAAGCUCCAUUGGCUGCUUUUGGAUGGGUCAUGGCUACACAUCUUUCCCUUUAUCCAGUGAUUCUAGUUAUUCCUGUAAUUCUUUUAUUAGGAUAUGGUCCUGAAACUCCUCCCAGAAAAUUGCUUAGGCAAAGGAGAUAUGGCAAAAUUAAAGAUGACCCCUCAAGUGAUCACAGAUGUCAACCAAGACAAGCAAAGAAGCAGCAAGGCCAAGCCUACAACUUUUCUUGGAGAUCAGUCGUAAAGUUCAUAGUGUGGUCUAUUAUAUGGUCAGUCUAUGUGCUGGUUCUAUUCGGUCUAAGUGUUAAACAGUAUGGUGGCCUUGAAGAGAUGUUUAAAAGAACCUAUGGGUUCAUCCUUACUGUGCCAGAUUUAUCUCCAAAUAUAGGUGUAUUAUGGUACUUCUUUGCUGAAGUUUUUGAUUUUUUCAGAAAUUUCUUUCUGAUUGUUUUCCACAUGAACAUUUUGUUCAUGAUAUUUCCAUUGGCCAUACGGCUGAAUCACCGCCCUUGCUUUCUGGCCUUUGUGUAUAUUGCAAUCUCUUCGAUGCUGAAGUCUUACCCUUCAGUUGGGGAUUCAGCUCUUUACCUUGGUUUGUUGGGAUUGUUUGUUAAAGAACUAGCAGGCAAGUUGAUAUCUGUUACAUAAUUGAUCAAUUUUCUUACUUGUUGAGUUUAACAUUGCUUCACAUUUUAAAGUUUCAAUCCAUUAUAAACAGAUAUGCAGUUCUCAUUUUUCCUGUUCUGCGCUUAUGUUGGGGUUUCCCUCCUCAGCCCUGUGAUGCACAACCUCUGGAUAUGGAGGGGAACUGGGAAUGCAAAUUUCUACUUUGCAACUGCCAUGGCUUACGCUUGCUUGCAGAUAAUUUUGGUGGUUGAGAGUGUAAGCUCAAUGCUCAAUCAUGACAGGAAGCUAACAAGGCUUUUGAGUGCAAAGCGUCAAGAUGGCAAGUCUUGAGCAUCUCUUUUGACCAUACAAACUUGUCGAACAAAGAUGAUCCUUCAGAGUUCACAACACCAACAGCUUGUAGAAUUAUGCCGGCGCCCUCCGAGUUAAUAACCAACACACUCACACAAAAGUUUGCAAAACAGCUUCAUAAAUGGAAAGCUGAUGUGUCCUCUAAAAAGUCUUUUUGAAAAAAUCAUUCAGUAUCAGCACUUUGAUGGGAUUCAUCAUUGAAUUUAGGGAUAUAGUGAUCAGACAACAACAACAAUUAGUCGAGUUUAUUUUUAAAUGCAAAUGAGUAUUACCAAUUUAGAGUGAAAGGGGAAAAGGCAGAAAGAUAGAGGAACAGACAAGUUCAUACUCUUUUGUGUUGUUUAUCAAAGUAUAGCAGAGUUCAAUUUAUGCAGGUCCAAUUUUCUUGUUUUUGUCCUUAGUUGGUGUUUGUUUUGUUCUGUUCUGUUAUUACUACUGCUUAAAACUAAAACUUUGCUCCAUGAUGUUUCAUUAAAUGCCCAGAAAAGUUUAUUUUCUUCUUAA